CCCGCCCCUCCCAUUUCGUCAGCCCCCCCCUGUCCUGACGAGUCGAACUGAUGAGCAGCAAGUUGUAGAUGUUACGCGAUCGCCUUAAUCCGUAUCUUAUUUGGCUCGCAGGCACACCGCCUUUCCAUAUUAGGCGCCAGGAGUGUUCCCCGAGGUUGCAACCCAGCAGGUGCUCAAUGACGUCUCUCGGGCCUGUGGCGCUGCGCGAUGCCUGAUGGAAAACAUUGGCUAACGCAUCAUAUUGUUUUGUGUUGUCGUGCGUCCGAGCAGAUACACAUACAGUUUGAGAGUCUUCAGAUCCAGGUGGUUUCCGGCAACAGUGCAACGGUCCACCUGUACGCCGCCCUUCGCAGGCGAGCCCAUACAUAUUCAUACAUACAUAUCAUUUCGCCGAUAGUUGUGCAGAUUGGUCAUGUUGUCGGAGCGUGCGUCACGUGUGUACCACGCGAGUUCCGUGCCUCCCGACUUUGCGUUGUGGACGAAUGCGGCGGCCACGCGACGUAUCAUCAUGGCCGUGUACUGUCUGGUCCUUGGACUGCCAGACACGGGCAGACAAUACGAAGGCGAUGUUGUGCGAGGCUGCGAUCUCGUGUACCGGGCGCUGUUCGCGGAGAUCGCGUCUAUCCUGCGACAGCGCAGGGUCCCCAGCACCUUCGUGAAAUCCCUCCAAGUAUUGUCUUCAAUGUUGCUCGACUGGCUUUUCCCGCCGUCCAUCUUUUGGCGCAGGAGCUGCAAGGAGGUCGAGCAACUUUUCGCUGUGAUCACUGUGUGCCGUUCACUGGCUUGGAUUCGUUCGCAUAUCCGGUGGACCACUGCACGGCUCACUCUGCAGACCCUGCCGAAAUAUUGUGGGAAGGUGCUUCACUCUUACCGUGAUUUCGCCGCGGAGCAGGGUUACCUGGCUGCCGAACGUGCUCUGUCUGACCUGAUGGAGUUACAGCGGCACGCAGUUUUUCCAGUUUCGGCCUUUGUUGGGCAUGAGGCGUGUCUGUACCACUGGAUGUCCCCAGCCCUCAGGUACAUUGGCGUGGCGAGGCGUGACCGGGUGAGUCGUGCAGGGCGGUCUGGUGUUCCCCUCCGAUGGUUAGAACAUCUGACGUUUUCAAACAACAGGUCUUUGCCGGGUUCGGGGAAGCUCCGAUACCGACUUGCCCGUCGAGAGCCCUUACAUCACACGAUGUUUAUGGUUGUGCAGGCGAGCGAUGUCAACAGCACACUCAAUCGUGAACGUGAAGCACUCAGGCAGUGCCGCCCGACAGGCAAUGCAAUGCCAUGCCGCUCUCGCCGCCCUCGGUCGGACGUGGCCAGACGGCGGCCUCCCCGGAGCAAGAGAUCAGGGGCCAGAGUGCCGGUCUGCCGCUUGCUGGAGGAGGUUGGUCCAGCCGCAGGCACCCCCCAACACCAACCGCACGCCAAUAUAGUUGGUACUGCCUGCUCGGCCGCCGUAUCCCCGGAGGCACUCGGCCAGUGCACCUACACCGAGGCGUAUCGCCGAGUAAUCCGCCAAGUAGCUGACGGUACCAGGGUCCAGGGGCCGCUGGACAUCUUCAGCGUGCAGUGGCUCAUCAUGGCUGUUCUGUGGUUCGGGACUCGGGGCGUGUGUCCCCCUUGGCGGCUCCUGGAGCGCCGUUUCGAGGACGCUGAUGUUGUGCUGAGACUGUUGCCCCUGGCGGAGCUGAUCCGCCGGCCGCGUAUCCGUGCCCGUGCCCGCCGUUGCAUUGGCAAUCGUCUCAGAGUACUCGGCCUUCCGGGCCUCACAGUGCACAGACUGAAUGUUCCUGCUGUUUUGGUACCCCGGACGCGUCGCCUGAUCCGAAAUAUUUUAUGGUCGUCGCCUUCCCUGUCCCCAGCCCGGAAACGGUGGUGGUUGCAGCAAACGGCCGUGGUACCAGAGCCGGUGGCCAAGUGGAUUGACCGGGUCAACGCCCCUAGGGCCAGCCGGCGCGCUGAUAUUUCCGAAGCCCUGGGCUGGAGCGACGAUGCGUGGGGGCGCCGUGCACAAGGGCGCCGUUGCCGCCUGGUCAAGACGAAUUGGGAUAUCCCUGUGUGGGAGUCGCCUGGCCGGUACUGCCGCCGGGCCGCUGAGACGGUGCGCGAUUGGGCGAGGGACUGGCGCCUCAACGUGCCCAGCCUCGCCGCCCAGUGCGCGCACUGGGAACGGCUCUUCAGGAACUGCCGGGGCACCCGGUGUCUGGAGCAAGAGCGACGCGCUCGUCGGGCAGACUACGACGAGUUCACAGAACCUCUGUGCAAUGUGCAAGCCGACCACAUUGUUACUAAAGAUGACAAACAGAAGAGAUGGUGCUGGCACAUGCCCGAACCGUACUAUGUUGCCACCCUUGUGCUGUACAUCGUCUCAUCGCCGCAUUGGUCGUUCACGUCGCUGCUGCCGUGCACGGCGUCUUUGCUCGUUGUGGACAUCUUGGCGCUUCUGAUUCCCGGGCGCCUGCAUCGUACGUUUUGCGUGGAUCGCCGCGCCGAGUGGCUGCCUUACAUGUACACGACACUGAAAAGCAAGUGUUAUGAUGGCGGCGGCCGCGGGCGCACGUGCACACGAUUUCAACAUUCUUGCGCUAGGAAGAUUGUCAGUUUCGCAGGGUGGCCAGCUCGCCGGGCGUGGCGCGCCGUGUCCAGAGGACUCGGCCACGUCCUGAAGCAUCAUGGCGGUUCCUGGGAGGUCUGGUCCCUCAAGGACACAGCGCGCGAGGUGACGGAGGCAUAUGAGCAGCUGUCUGUUCGCCCUGGGAAUCUCGCCUGCGUUUGCGCCCGGUGUCGUUCUCCGAAACCGCCGGUCGCCGGCGUCGUGGCCGAUGCAGGGCAAUUUUUCGAGGUGGUGAAGGCAGAGAGUGCCGUGGAGGCCAUGAAGGGGGUGCUCGACAGGGCUGCCGCCUCCACCGGCCGAAAUACCAUCAUUGUAGGGCCCAAAGGCGAAGGCACGUACAUCGCCGCGACGGGUUUUGCUUGCAAGGGCCGACAGGUAUGGUUCAGCUUCUCUGAGCUCUUGUCCACGUUCACUGCAGCUAUGAAGAUCCGUUGGUGUCAAGUUGGUGAUAAGGUCGCCCAGACAUCCGGCGCGCCGAUUGGUGGGCUCUGCUCGAAGAUCGCCGCUUCGGCGGUGCUCGGAGAGGCCGAGCGCGCAUGGGCAAACGAUGCGAGCGUGCGGACGCGAGCUGGCUUCGGCAUCGCUGGCCUGGAUUGGCACCAGCUGGUGGCCUGCAAGCGUUACGUGGAUGAUGGGAUAUUCAUAUCCAAGGUAUUUUGUCAAGAAUGCCUGGCUUCUCUGCCCGACCAUAUUUACCCGAUCGAUUUUGAUUUGGCCGGGAGGGGUCCGAAGCUUGAUUGGCUUGACAUGGUCAUCAACGUGAACACGUGCGCCAUCGAGUGGAAGCCUCGGGAGGCGGUCCUCCCCCCGCCGUGCCUCGUUUCGCCUCGAUGGUUCCGGUGCCUAGUGCUUGGCCGAACGGCCAGAUGGCGGGAACUCGGCCUGAGCCGUGAGGCAACGUGUUCUGCCGCUGCGGCUCUGAUCUGGGACCUGCAGCACUGUGGCAUGUCAGCCUGGGGGUUCCGCCACCUGUUCUUCAGCACCAGAGGCCCCAACCAACACUUCCACCUGCUGGUUUUCCGGAAGGGGUUGGUUGCUUGCAAGUUGUUCUGAUAGUGUACCCCGCCCCUCCCAUUUCGUCAGCCCCCCCCUGUCCUGACGAGUCGAACUGAUGAGCAGCAAGUUGUAGAUGUUACGCGAUCGCCUUAAUCCGUAUCUUAUUUGGCUCGCAGGCACACCGCCUUUCCAUAUUAGGCGCCAGGAGUGUUCCCCGAGGUUGCAACCCAGCAGGUGCUCAAUGACGUCUCUCGGGCCUGUGGCGCUGCGCGAUGCCUGAUGGAAAACAUUGGCUAACGCAUCAUAUUUGUGCCCGACGUUCAGAAUCUCCCAGGCGAUGCUCAGAUCUCACGGCGGUCUCGCAGCGGCCCGGUCUGGGCACGCGCGGGGCCGCGGCCCCAGCUGGUCUGGGGAGGCUGGUCUGGGGAGGAGAGGUGGGCGUCGCAGAGGUCAGGCGUCUUGUCGGGACCUCAAUCGGAAACGCUAGAGCAAAUUAUUUUCAGCACGCCGAGCUCAAGACGGUCAAAUAACACGCUCAGGGCACGUUCGAGAAGGACCGAACUGAUGAUCUCUCUCGUCGCCUUCUCGCACUUUCUGAUCCUCUGCCGCCUCCGCGCCUGCAAGCCGUGAGGCUGCGGUCGGUCUGCUUCGGCUGGGAUGGCUCCGAGAGGAUAGCGCAGCAGCAGGGGUGCCCUGUCUUGCGUUCCUGCUCCAGCGCGCGGAGUUUCCUCGGAGCUGCCCGGCUGCACCGCUGGAGUGCACGUGAGGCAGUGAUGCGCCACGGUUGCAGGGGCUUGCUACGAAGCAGCCAGAAGCAGAAGGAUCCUCUCCAAUCGCGGUGCUUCUGCUUCACUUCAUCUACUCGGAGCCAUGGCUCGUUCCUCCAUCCCACCCCUCGGUCUCUGGCACGCGCUCUGCUUGGAGAGCCAGCAGAACAUUCGACGAAAAAGGCGUGCUGACCAGAGUGAGCGAAUCAGUAACAUAUUGGACCAGUACAAGGAUUAUGUCUGGGAUGUGGUCCUGAAGUGCGAUGGGA